UACUCCGACACUCCAUCGGACGGCUGGUGUCGGUGUCGACACGACCCGACCCGCGACACGACGCUCGACACGUGUCCGGGGAGGUGUCGACACCGAUGUCGGAAAAGUGUCCGUAAUGAAGUGUCGGGAUCGGGAGGAGAGAAAAAAAUAGAAAAAAAAUUCAAAAUUUGCAGAAUAUACCUCGUAGGUGACCCUAAGUUGUCUUACCCAAAACCAAAAGCAUUAGAUCUUGAAGAAUUCGAAACCCUAAUUCUAGCAAUUGAAGGUGGGGGAAGGCGAGAGAACAAAAAUACUGUUGGGGCUUUUGUUGUGGAAGAAAAUCCGAGUUGAAUGCACUCUUUAAUUCUGGUUUUUGUUGAAGUUAAAUCUUGAGAAUCAGCCAUAGCCAUUGAUUCCGGCGUCCUUUCCUUCCCGUCGUUCGUUUAGUUCUUUACUUCUGGGUAUUGUUGGUGCCUUGUUGAGUUGGUGGAUAGGUGGUGGUGGGCUUUAAAACUGUACCUUUUUUUUUUAACCUAUUUUCUUUAAUUAAUUAGGUGUGGGAAGGAAGUGGGACAAACCCACGUGAUAUCUUUCACACAAUUCAAAAAGUCUCAUUAAUCAUUAUUAUUCACCCCCUCAUUUCUCACGUAAAAGAUUUUUAUUAAUUAAGUAUAGAUUUUUAUUGAUUAAGUAAUGGUUAGCUGCCUUUUCGUAAAUAAAAUACUCAUUAUCGGAUUUUUUUCCUUCUUAAUUAAUUAUCUAAUUUUUCAAUUCUGUAUUUAUUUAUUUCUUGAGAUAACUUUUCAAUUCUGUAUUUAUUUACUUUUUGAGAUAACUUUUCAAUUCUGUAUUUUUAAACCGUUUGUAAAGAAAAUUUAUUUUAUUUGUUAUUUUUUUCAUGCCAUUUGUUAUUUUUUCUGUUUUAUUAAUUUUCCCGUAUACCCGAUUACCCGUAUAGUAAGUAAAGAUUUUUAUUGAUUAAGUAAUGUUAAGCUGCCAAAUAAUCUCAUUAUUCAUUUUUUUCCUUUUAAUUAAUUAGCUAACUUUUCGAUUCUAUAUUUUUAAACCGUUUGUAAAGAUUUUUUUUUUUGUUAUUUUUUCAUGUUAUUUUUUUCGUUACUCGUACAUUCUUAUAGUGUCUAAAACUAUGACUAGUUCCCUAAAUUUAUAAAUUUUUUUUUUUUUUGAAGGACCCUAAAUUUAUAAUUUUAAUUUUAAACUGAUUUAUUUUUUCUUUCUUUUCAGGUUAAAUUUUAUUUGAAGCUUCAAAUUCGUUAAUGGCACAGGAAGAAAGACGGUAGAUUAUAGACUUGUAAAGACAACCGUUUAAUAAAAUAUUUAAUAAAUAUUCUUUUUAAUUAAAUGAAUAUUUCUUUUUUUAUAAAGUCAGUGAUGUAUAUUGUAGUUUAGGCCUUGAAAAGAUAUCAAUUAAUUGAAAUUUUUUAUCAAGUGGACACAACGGUACAUUAUUGUUCUAGAUUUAUUUCCUUAUGCCUCCUAAGAAAAGAAGAUUUGCAUUGGUAAUCAUGAAUUCAUGAGAGUUUUAUAUAAUAAUUUAUUAAUUUAUCUUUAUAUUACUACUAUUAUUAUAUAUGAUGAUGGCAAAUAACAUUAAUUUAGUACAAUGCAUAACAUAAAUAACACAUCUACCUUAUUAAGAAAAAAAAAAUACAAACUAAUAACAUUUAAAAUACUCCAAUUAUAAUUAUAUGAUAAGCCUAAAUUCUUGAAAAUUUUGAAUCCAUAAAUUCAAAAAAAUUAUGCGAAGUAUAUCUGUAUAUAACAUAUCAUGAAAAGGUAAGAAACUAUGAUUUACCGGUCAAUUAGACACGUGUAGUAACACAUGAUCCCUAAUGAAUAAGAUUGAAGUGUUGAACUAUCGACGUACAAAUAUCAAGAGAAACUAUUAUUGGUCGAUUAAUAAAUUGAGGCCCGUAUAAUAAAAUAUGAUCCCUGAUCCCGAAUGAGAUAAACUAUGAUUGGACGAUCAAUAAAGACUUGUAUAGUAAAGUGUGAUCCCUAACAGUAAGAUUGAAGUACUAAACUGCAAAGUAUUUAUCAUAAGAAACUAUGACCGACCUAUCAAUAAAGACCCGUAUAGUAAAUUACUAAAGUGUAAUCCCUAAUGAGUAAGAUUGAACUAUUGAGCUAUCAAAGUAUACAUCAUAAGAAACUAUGAUCGGCCGAUCAGUGAAAACCUAUAUACUUAUAUAGUAAAGUAUGAUCCUUGGUGAGUAAGAUUGAACUAUUGAGGUACCGAAGUAUACAUCAUAAGAAACUAUGAUCUGCCGAUCAGUGAAAACCUAAAUAGUAAAGUAUGAUCCCUAAUGAGUAAGAUUGAACUAUUGAGCUACCUAAGUAUACAUCAUAAGAAACUAUGAUCGGCCGAUCAGUGAAAACCUAUAUAGUAAAGUAUGAUCCCUAAUGAGUAAGAUUAUACUAUUGAGCUACCGAAGUAUACAUCAUGAGAAACUAUGAUCCGUCGAUCAGUUAAAACUUAUAUAGUAAAGUAUGAUCCCUAAUGAGUAAGAGUGAACUAUUGAGAUACCAAAGUAUACAUCAUAAGAAACUAUGAUUGGCCGAUCAAUGAAAACCUAUAUAAUAAAGUAUGAUCCCUAAUGAGUAAGAUUGAACUAUUGAGCUACUGAAGUAUACAUCAUGAGAAACUAUGAUCGGCCGAUCAGUGAAAACCUAUAUAGUAAAGUAUGAUCUCUAAUGAGUAAGAUUGAAAUACUAAUCUUUAUAUAAUAAAGUGUCAUCCCUAAAUCCCUAAUGAGUAAGAUUGAAGUAUUGAAAAAUCGGAAAUUAAAUAUUAUGAGAAACUAUCGUUGAACGAUCAAUAAAAACCCGUAUAGUAAAAUAUGAUCCCAUAAAUAAGAUUGACAAAAUAAAAUACACAACUAUAAUUAAUUAAGUAAUAAACAAGUAACAAAGACUAGCAUGUCACAUUAAUUAUUAGUGUGGUAUGUAACGUUUUUUUUAAAAAGGCUAGGGGUAGCUUUGACUUUUCUUUGUUAAAAAAGCCCAAAGAUGCUCUAAUUUUGUUACAGAGUUACAGUACUACUCCUUCUUCUUGAAAGCUCCGUAUUGGAAAUACUCAAGCUUAUCAAUUCACAUCAAUUCCCAAGAUUCAUCUUCUCUUUUUGCUCUAGAAAACUUGCUCCUCUUCAUCUUCUACGGCUCAUUCAAUUCCAGUCAUAAGAAAAUGGGUAUAAAUAAUGUUUAUCUGUUCUUAAUCGAAUCAGUUCAAAUUUCUCAUACACAAAUUCAAACACAAUUUCAAUGGAGAACAACAAUGAAAAGGAAGAUGGGCGUCGUCCUGUUAAUAUAACCACAACUCCAUUGUGGAAGUAUGUAACAAUUAUACGAGAUAGUGUUGAUGGUGGUGGAAACAAAGUUUGGAAGUGCAACUUUUGCAGCAAACAAGUAAUUGGCUCCUAUUAUAAGGUGAAGGGCCAUUUGCUUCAUUUGUCGGGGAGAGGAACCACUGCUUGUACAAAGGUCAACAACGAACUUAAGGAAGAGCUGAAUCAUGAAGAGGAUGGGGCUUUACUCAACAAGUUGACUUCAAAGGUAGAAGAACAACAAAGGCCUAUAGUAAACAUUAUGGGUGCAUCUGGAACAUCAGCUGUGUUUAUUGAUUCGGUUGAUGCAUCUGGAAAGCGCAAGGAUGCUGCUUUUGUGUCUGAGGUCUUCAUUAAGGCCAUUGAAGAAGUGGGAGCAGAGAAUGUUGUCCAGGUUGUUACUGAUAAUGAACCUAAUUUCAAAGCAGCAGGUUCCAUUGUUGAAGCUAAAUAUCCUCGUAUAUUUUGGACACCGUGUGUGGUGCAUUGUGUCAAUCUGGCCUUCAAAAGUAUUUGUGAGCCUCCUGAGAAAUCUGACCAUUUUGAUCAGUGUAUAUGGCUGAAGAACCUAUGUACAAAUGUAAAGGAAAUUCAGAAAUUCGUGACUACACAUGACAUUGUAAAGAGCAUAUUCACUAAACAUACUAAUUUGCAACUUUUGUCAGUGGCUGAGACAAGGUUUGCAAGCCAUUAUGUUGUUGCGGAGCGAAUGAAGGAAGUCAAGGAAGGUCUUGAAAAAAUGGUUAUGGAUUCCGACUUUAGAGUUCUAUUUAGAACUACCAAGAAUCCAAUCGACAUUAAAGCUCGUGAGUAUAAAGAGAGGAUUUUGAAUGACAGUUGGUGGGACAACCUUGACUACUUCUUGAAGUUUGCUGAACCUAUAUAUGAGAUGAUACGUGUGGGUGACAAAGAUGCGCCCGUCUUGCAUCUUGUAUACGACAUGUGGGAUACAAUGAUCGAAAGGGUCAAGGUUCAUGUUUUCCACCACGAAGGGAAAGAUAUUUUGGCUGACACAUCUGAAUUUUUUGAUGCCAUUCAUAAAGUGUUAGAAAGCAGGUGGAACAAAAGUUCUACCCCUUUGCAUUGUUUGGCACAUUCACUUGUGCCGAGAUUCUAUAGCACCCGAUGGCUUAAGGGUAGCACAUCGGGAUUUGCAAGGGUUUCCCCCAAUGAAGAUGAAGAGGUUUCCAACAACAGAAAUGACUGUUUUAGGCGCCUCUUUCCAAACUCAGACGAUUUCAAACAUGUCAGAUUGGAGUACGGGGCAUUUUCUAGCGAAACCCCUCCUUUCAAUCAAGCUCAUAUAAUUGCUGCCCGGGAUGAUGAAGAACCGAUUGUCUGGUGGGCAAAUUACGGUUCAUCACUUCCCCACCUUCAAUCUUUGGCAUUUAAAUUAUUGUCGCAACCAGCAUCAUCUUCAUGUUGCGAACGUAAUUGGAGCCAUUAUGACAACAUUCAAACAAUCAAGAGAAAUAGGCUCACAUCUGAAAGGGCGAAGGACUUGGUUUAUUGCCACAACAACCUUCGUGUAAUGGCAAGGAAGGAAGAGAGCUACAAAUCUGGUCCUAGCCGUUAUUGGGACGUAGGUGGAGAUACAUUUGAUGUGGAUGUUGAUGUUUGCGAGAUUGCUCAACUCUCCCUCAAUGAACCGGAGUUGGAACGAGCUAUUAUUGGUGUUGGAAAUGCCAUAGAAGAUUAGUAGUUGUUAUGUUAUGAGACUUUGAAUUUCUUAGUAGUUUUUAAGCUUUUAUGUUUGAGACAAUCUAUCUUUGGUGUUGGAAAAGUGCAACAGGAGAAACUUCUCCGGACAAUCUAUUUUAUGUUUAAGUGAUUAAAUUUUUCA